CCCCGGCACCGGCGGUUGUGUCGGUUGGCGGCGCCGAUGGGCGGUUGGUAGCCGCCGCCGAGAACGAGGCGGCGGCGGAAGAUGUUGCCGGGGGCCGCGGGCCCUGCUGCUGAGGCCGGCGGAGGAGGAGGUGCUGCCCGUUCACUGAGUUUAACCAGUAAUGCCGUUUGGUUGCCAAUAUCAAGCAAAGCAAACAAAAGCCAGUUUUCAUCUGCUUUUUAAGAAAAGUGGUAGUCCUUUUCACAGUGCCUGACCUGACCAUAUCCGAGUGUGAGGCGCAGGCUCACAGAAUCAGGGAAUCAUCAUGAAGUUGUAUGUGUUUCUGGUUAACACUGGGACCACCCUGACAUUUGACACUGAACUUACAGUGCAAACUGUGGCGGACCUCAAGCAUGCCAUCCAUAGCAAGUACAAGAUUGCGGCCCAGCACCAGGUGCUCGUGGUCAACGGAGGGGAGUGCAUGGCUGCCGAUCGGAGGGUGUGCACCUACAGCGCUGGGACGGAUACAAAUCCAAUUUUUCUUUUUAACAAAGAAAUGAUCUUAUCUGAACGUCUACCUGCUAUUCCUAAAACUACCUUUUCAACAGAAAAUGACAUGGAAAUAAAAGUUGAAGAGUCCCUUAUGAUGCCUGCAGUUUUUCACACUGUCGCUUCAAGAACACAACUUGCAGUGGAAAUGUAUGAAGUUGCCAAGAAACUUUGCUCUUUCUGUGAAGGUCUGGUCCAUGAUGAACAUCUUCAACAUCAAGGCUGGGCUGCAAUCAUGGCCAAUCUGGAGGAUUGCUCAAAUUCAUACCAAAAGCUGCUUUUCAAAUUUGAAAGUAUUUAUUCAAAUUAUCUGCAGUCUGUAGAAGACAUCAAGUUGAAACUUACUCAUUUAGGAACUGCAGUUUCAGUGAUGGCCAAGAUUCCGCUGUUGGAGUGCCUGACCAGACACAGCUAUAGGGAGUGUUUGGGAAGAUUGGAUUCCCUGCCUGAACACGAAGGCUCAGAAGAGGCGGAGACGAAGACUUCCGCUGACCUGGUGCUGUCCCCUGAGAUGCCUGCAACACCGAUCAAACCCUUGUCAACCUCGUGUCUAAAGGCAGCGGAACAUGUAGCCCCAGAAGCCACGGAUGCUGAAAGUGGAAAAGAAAUUAGGGAGUCUGGUCAAAAUACUGCCCAGCUGGACGAGACUUCAGUAGAUGCUAAAGACGGCGAUCUGCCUUUUUUCAAUGUUUCUCUGUUAGACUGGAUCAAUGUUCAGGACAGGCCUAAUGAUGUGGAAUCCUUGGUCAGGAAAUGCUUUGAUUCCAUGAGCAGGCUUGAUCCACGGAUUAUUCGACCCUUUAUAGCAGAAUGUCGUCAAACUAUCGCCAAUCUCGAUAAUCAGAACAUGAAAGCCAUCAAAGGGCUGGAAGACCGGCUGUACGCCCUGGACCAGAUGAUCGCCAGCUGCGGGCGACUCGUCAACGAACAGAAAGAGCUCGCUCAGGGAUUUUUAGCUAACCAGAUGAGAGCUGAAAACUUGAAGGACGCAUCUGUAUUACCUGAUUUGUGCCUGAGUCAUGCAAAUCAGUUGAUGAUUAUGUUGCAAAAUCAUAGAAAACUGUUGGAUAUUAAACAGAAGUGUACCACUGCCAAACAAGAACUAGCAAAUAACCUUCAUGUCAGACUGAAGUGGUGUUGCUUUGUGAUGCUUCACGCUGAUCAGGACGGGGAGAAGUUGCAGGCUUUGCUCCGCCUGGUUAUGGAGCUCUUGGAAAGAGUCAGGAUUGUUGAGGCUCUGAGUACAGUCCCUCAGAUGUACUGCCUCGCUGUUGUGGAGGUGGUCAGGAGGAAAAUGUUCAUUCAACACUACAGGGAGUGGGCUGGUGCUUUAGUCAGAGACGGGAAGCGAUUAUAUGAGGCCGAAAAGUCAAAAAGGGAAUCCUUUGGGAAAUUAUUUAGGAAGUCUUUUUUGAGAAAUCGUCUCUUUAGGGGCUUGGACUCCUGGCCCCCGUCCUUUUGUACACAGAAGCCUAGAAAGUUUGACUGUGAACUUCCCGAUAUUUCAUUAAAAGAUUUACAGUUUCUGCAAUCAUUUUGUCCUUCUGAAGUUCAGCCGUUUCUCAGGGUGCCCUUACUUUGUGACUUUGAACCUCUGCACCAGCACGCACUUGCUCUGCAUAACUUGGUGAAGGCAGCACAAAGUUUGGAUGAGAUGUCGCAGACCAUUACAGAUCUACUGAGUGAACAAAAGGCGUCCGUGAGUCAGACGACCCCCCAGUCGGCCUCCUCGCCCCGGGUAGAAAGUGCGACAGGAAUGACAACUACUACCUCACCCAGAACUCCUCCGCCACUCGAUGUUCAGGACCCCUUAUGUCCUGCAGUCUGUCCCUUAGAAGAGCUGUCCCCAGAUAGCAUUGAUGCACAUACAUUUGAUUUUGAAACCAUCCCCCACCCAAACAUAGAGCAAACUCUUCACCAAGCUUCAUUAGACUUGGAUUCCUUAGCAGAGAGUCCCGAAUCGGAUUUUAUGUCUGCUGUGAAUGAGUUUGUAAUAGAAGAAAAUCUAUCGUCUCCCAAUCCUAUCAGUGAUCCUCAAAGUCCAGAAAUGAUGGUGGAGUCUCUUUACUCAUCAGUCAUCAAUGCGAUAGACAGCAGGCGGAUGCAGGAUACAAAUACGUGUGGUCAGGAGGACGCGGGCGGCCGGGCGUCUCUCAGCGUCCAGCUGGAGAAGUGCCGAGUCACUGCCCACGACUCGCACCUCAGUAUACAAACCAUCAAGGAGGACCUUUGCCACUUCCGCACAUUUGUACAGAAAGAACAGGGUGAUUUCUCAAAUUCGUUAAAGUGUACAGCAGUUGAAAUAAGAAACAUUAUUGAAAAGGUAAAACAUUCUUUGGAAAUAACACUAAAUGAAAACCAUCAAAGAGAGCUACAGUCUUUAAAAAGUGACUAUGAAGGCAGACUUGCUGCCCUGGUAAAGGAGAGUGAAGAAAAUGAAAACAGAAUCACACAGCUGAAAGGAGAUUUAGCAUGCCUUGAGGAGGUUUUACAAAAUAAAGAUAACGAAUUCGCUUUGGUUAAACACGAGAAAGAAGUGGUGGUCGGCCUGCAGAAUGAGAAGGAUCAGAAGCUGCUGGCGAUGGAAGGGCUCCUGCGCACUCAGCAUGGUGAGAUCGAGGGGCUGAAGCAGUCCCGGGAGAUGGCGCUGGAGGACUUAGAGAGGCUGCGCGAGGAGCAUGAGGCCAGGAUGCAGCUGCUGAGGGCGGAGCUCCAGCGCUCGGAGCAGAGCCGCCUGAAGGAGCUGGAGGACACGCUGCAGGCCAGGCACACUCAGGAGCUGGAGAGGGCCCUGGCCGACCACAGGGUGUGCCUUGAGAAGCUGGAGAAGGAGAACCAGCAGAGACUGGAGCAGGUGCAAAACUCUCAUGCUGCAGUCAUCCAGGAGAGAGAACAGCAGCUUCAGGAGUUAAAACUCAAGGUUUCUGAUUUGUCGGACAUGAGGUGUAAGUUAGAGGUUGAGCUUGCCUUGAAGGAAGCAGAAACUGACGAAAUAAAACUAUUGCUGGAGGAAAGCAGAGCCCAACAGAAGGAGACCCUGAAAUCUCUCCUUGAACAAGAGACAGAAUACUUGAGAUCAGAGAUAAGUAAACUAAACCAGAAGAUUCAAGAUCAUAAUGAACAUUAUCAGGUGGGCUUGGCAGAGCUGAGAACUUUGAUGACAAUUGAAAAGGAUGAGUGCAUUUCAGAGUUAAUCAGUAGGCACGAAGGGGAAUCUACUAUACUGAGAGCAGAAUUGAGCAAAGUGACAUCAUUGCAUCACCACGCAUUGGAAAUAGAAAAAAGCCUGAGAGAAGAGUUAGCUGAACUGCAGAGGAAAUUGGACUCAGAACUGAGUGCUCUUGAAAAACAAAAAGAUGAGAAAAUCAUCCAACAAGAGGAGAAGUACGAAGCUAUCAUCCAGAAGCUUGAGAAAGACAAAGAGGAGUUUGUCAUUCGACAGGAACAGGAUAGAGAACUGCUAAUUCAGAAGCUUAAUUGCGAAAAGGCAAAAGCAGCAGACAUUGAGGCUGCCCUGAAAGAAUUUAACUUGGAAAGAGAAGCUGUUGAGAAAGAGUUAUUAGAAAGAGUUAAACAUCUUGAGAGUCAAAUAGCAGAAAGUCAUGCCAUUGAAUCUGCCAGAGAAGAUUCUUCAAGCCUAGUUGCUGAACUUCAAGAAAAGCUCCAGGAAGAAAAAGCUAAGUUUCUAGAACAGCUUGAAGAGCAAGAGAAGAGGAAGAAUGAAGAAAUGCAGAAUGUUCGAACAUCUUUGAUUGCUGAGCAACAGACCAACUUUAACACUGUUUUAACGAGAGAGAAAAUGAGAAAAGAAAACAUAAUCAAUGAUCUCAGCGAUAAGCUAAAAAGCACGAUGCAGCAGCAAGAGCGGGACAAAGAUCUGAUCGAGUCGCUGUCGGCGGACCGGGCGCGGUUGCUGGAGGAGAAGAAGCGGCUGGAGGAGGAGGUCGGCCGUCUACGGGGCGCCGGCCCGGUGCCCUCCCCGAGCGCGGCAGCCCCGGAGCUUUACGGAGCCUGCGCCGCCGCGGAGCCGCCGGGGGAGGCGGAGAGGCCGCUGUUGCCCGAGGCCCCCGACGAGGGGAGGGCAGACCUGGCCUUGGAGACCAGCACCAUGUCCGUGCAAGAAAACGUCCAUAUGCUCUCUGAAGAAAAACAAAGGAUAAUGCUGCUGGAACGAACACUACAGUUGAAAGAAGAAGAAAACAAGCGGUUGAAUCAGAGACUGAUGUCCCAGAGCCUGUCCUCCGUCUCCCCGCGGCACUCUGAGAAGAUCGCCAUCAGAGAUUUUCAGGUGGGCGACCUGGUCCUUAUCAUCCUGGACGAGCGCCACGACAACUACGUGCUCUUCACCGUGAGCCCCACCUUGUACUUCCUGCAUUCGGAGUCUCUGCCUGCCCUGGACCUCAAACCAGGUGAGGGGGCUUCAGGUGCGUCUAGAAGACCUUGGGUCCUUGGAAAAGUGAUGGAGAAGGAGUACUGUCAGGCCAAAAAGGCACAAAACAGAUUUAAAGUUCCUUUGGGGACAAAGUUUUACAGAGUGAAAGCUGUGUCGUGGAAUAAGAAAGUAUAAUUUAUGGAAGAAAUUGAGACAGUCUGUGACAUUUUUCUCUGAUUUGUCCAACAGUGCUCAUUCAUCACUCCAAAAACAAGGCCAUCUUUUUAUAUAAGAGUUAUCAUGACAAUAUACUUCAUUGGUGUAUAUCAUUUACUUUUUACCUGGCUACAUUUUAGGAACAAUAAAUUCAUCAAAACCCUUGGCCGAAUUAAAAUGGUUUUGUUCUUGUUUUUCUACCCAAGUAACUCUUAGAAAUGCGGACCAAACUAGUUCAUUUUCUCAAAGGGCACACCCUGUGCAUCGUGGCUUAUGAUGAGCCAUGUUAAUUGCCUGUUACAUAGACAAUAGCUUGAACUUAGAUAUUCAGUGUUUGUUCUUAUUACCAGCAUUUGUCCUUUUGUGAAAUCAAUAUCGGAAAACUUGCACUCUUUAACACAUUCUUUACAAAAUGUAUAAAUUCUUCAAAACUGUCUAAAGAGGAGUGUUAUUGCAUGCAGAUAAUCAUAAUUUUGGGUUUGCCUCUGUAGAUUACUAAAGCAAAUUGUUUCAUUUAUUUUUUUAAAUGCCCUUUGAUGUUUCAAAACAAAAAGGAACUCUAAUUCGAUUGACUGACUUUAAGAUCAGCCAUAAUCAAUCUUCAAAAGCACUUUGAACAGAUGGUCCCUGGGCUCUGCAGGGGGGACUGUGCUGGUGAGGGUUUCUGGGGCAGCUCACGAGCCUUCCCAGUGCUUCGUGACUGUUUAGAAUGGUUAUAGUGAUGGGGUCGUAGGUCAUGGUUCAGUCUCAGAAAAACAUAUUCACUGUACAUUAACCAUUAGAGGUCAUCUGAAUAACAAACUGUUGUAUUGUAAAAGACAUGUAGAAUUUUAAAACAAUAAAGAUUUGAACCUGUAAA